CGUCUCUGAUCAGCUGCGGUGUGACUGACGAUGACUGCGGUCACUGCGAGGUUCUGGACCUAAAGAACAUCUCCAAGCUUCUGUACAGAGAACCCAUCCAGGUGGGACCUCUGAAGAGCAGCAGCAGGUCAGUCAGCUUUCUGGUGGAUGUGAAGAAGAAAACAGAAAAUGACACGUAUAUUCUCACUGCGAUAAGAAAGGGACGUUUGAAAAGAGGUGCCCUUCCGAUUCCGAAACUAUCAACCUUCAGGAUACAGAUAACAAACAGGGUGGAGGUAUAUUUUCUCUAACUGAUGGAGCUUCAGGCACGCCUAGGAUCAAAAGUAAAGGUGAUGUGGAGUUUGUUGACGGGUUUCAGAUUAAAUCAACCAUCUAUCUGUUCUCCAACGUGCUCUCAGCUCAGACAAACAGAGUCCGCCUCAUUUGGCUCAAAGGCGAAAGAAGCAAAACUGAUACACUCAAGUCUCUGCGGGGCGCGACUCUCAGUGUCUCUGACGGUGAAAGCAGCAGACUCGUGGCCUCCUCGGUCAUCCCGGGGGAGCAGCCAGUGCUUUGGAGCGGCGUGUUCAGUGUGGAUGGAGGAGACACCAACACCGAGCUGAUGGUGUUUGACAUCAGCCCUGAUUACAGCAGAGCAGGGGACAGAGAUCCAGACUUCUACACCUCUGUGCCAUCAGAAGUGACGGUGACGGUCCUGAAACCAAAGGCAGUCCUCUUCAGGCACAGCUACAUGACCUCUGUGCUGGCAGUGAGGCAGAGAGGCUGGAUGGUUUUCUUCAUUGGGACAGGAGACGGGCAGCUCAUUAAGCGUUUUCAGUGGGAGAAAGGUUUCGUCACUCAGGCCGAUACUUUCUCAGCAAUGCAAAGCCCCCAGCAUCUAACAUCACCAUGGAGGAGAGGAAGGCACUCACAUCACUUGCUGUCUGUGGACAGGAAGUAUCACGCCGCCUGUCCCACGGUGCUCUACAGGACCAGUGAUGACCGCAAAGUGAUUCCCAAUUUACAUCUGGAUCCAGUGGAUCGUAAACAUGUGUAUGUGCCAUUUAGAAACCAGAUGAAGCGAGUUCCUGUGUCAAAGUGCAGCACGUACACAAAUGUGCAGGAGUGUUGGUCUGCACAGGAUCCAUACUGUGGUUGGUGUGACUCUAAAAGCAGCUGCACAUUUGAAGAUGACUGCACAGAUUCAGACUGGCUGUCCAUUCCUGAUGAGUCCCAACACAAAAUGAUUUCCCACAAAGUUGAAAAGGACACAAAUGGACAGGUUUUGCUAAAAAUGCACACACACCUGAUCGUGGGCCAGAAAGUGUCGUCUAACUUUAUCUGUCAGUUCACUGCAAGGUCCAGCUCAAUUUGUGCUCCGAAUAACCCUCCUCCACAGUUCCCACAAUGCACCUGCAUCCUGUCUGAUCGUACACUUCCUGCUGAUGGUCUGCAUGUCACAGUGAAAUUUAGACUUGGUUCAACACAACUGUCAGAACAGCUGAGGUUGACCAACUGCUCUGACAUCAGUGGACCACCAAGUUCAGUCUUGUGUCAGCAGUGCAUCAAAGCUGGUUGUAGAUGGAACAUAAACAGAUGUUCCUGGGCCGAUCAAACAGAGAUCAAUGACAGUGUUUGCCAAAAUGUGCAGUCUGGGAAGAACUUCUCUAUCCCAGAGAUCUCCUCCAUCACUCCCAGUGUGGUGUCUUUCUACGGUAGAAACCACGCAGUGCUGUCAGGUCGUAACCUCGAUGAUGUGACUGCAGUGAGGAUCCAGGCAGAUACUGACUGUGCUCCAAAAGAAUCUCCUGUUUGGGACAACACUGGUUUCAGUCUGAUGUUCCACAUUCCCACUUCAGAUAUCAAAGGUGUGGUCAGCGUAUGUCUUCUCCUCCCAGAUGGUCGUUGCCAUGGCAAAGCUAAAAUCACCUACAGCUCAUUACCAUCAUGCACCAACAUUACUCCCAGCAGCAGUUGGAUCAGUGGGAAGAGGAAGAUCACACUCAUGGGGUCUCACCUUAACUUUGUUGAAGGGGUCGUCCACAGCCACGCAAUGCAGGAUGUCAGACUUCCCAGAAACAUCAGCUCUCAGUACCUCACCUACGAUUCACCUGCAGCUAGGAGUUUUUCUAGCAGCACUCUGUUUGUGAAACUAGCCAAUGAAACCUUAGCCUGCUCCACAAAACUCUCCUACGUUCCAGACCCUGAGUUUACCAGCUUCACAGCCACAAGGACAGGGGAAGAUGUCCACAUCACCAUUCAGAAAAAAGCAGACAACCUGGAGAUGAUGAUAGAAGAGUUAUCAGUGUGGGGCAUUCAAGACAAUACAAAAUACCAGUGCAUCAUGGAAGCCAAAGAAACCUGGACCAACACUGACUUUUUCACCUGUGGAUUUAAAAGCCCAUCCAACCAUGAAUUUGAGGAGUUACUGAUAAAGUAUGGUGACAGGACAGUAAGUCUUGGCUUGAGUCCCAGUUACACAAAGCCCUUCAGAUAUUGCGUUUCAUGCUGAUACCCUGUGUUAUUGCAGUGUUGAUGAUUAUCUAUUUCUGGCAGAAGAGACUCGCAAUUGAGAUGAAUAAGCUCUGACCACUGACCAGCCUGAGUGUUCUUGGGAAAAAGUUUACUGUUUGUCUCAAAAUAUGCAUUAUAAAGCUUCCUGCAGAGUUUGCUUUGUUUUAUUUUUUCUUUCUCUCUUUGCGAUUUUAAUUAUACUGCAAAUGUGUUUUAGCUGAAGUCAUAUUAUCAGGACACAAAUAAA